AUGGCACCUUAUGAGGAUUUGUAUGGGAGAAAAUGUAGGUCACCCAUUGGAUGGUUUGAGGUAGCUGAGUCAGGGUUGAUUGGACCCGAUUUAGUCCAGCAGACAGUGGAGAAAGUUAAGAUCAUUCGAGAGAGGUUGCUAUCAGCUCAAAGCCGACAAAAGUCAUACUCAGAUGUACGACGAAGGGACAUAGAGUUUUGUGUCAAUGAUUGGUGUGUAGGAGACCCUUCUCGGGUUGUCCCAAUUGAGGAUGUUCAGAUCACAGAGGAGUUGUCUUACGAGGAGACUCCAGUUGAUAUAUUAGAUCGGCAGGUUCCUGGAUAG